GAGUGCUGACUUUACAUGCUGGGCUGUGGCUUCCAACUCAAAAUUGGGUUGUUUCUUUAAAGUGCUGUUGAUAGGAGCCUAUCAGGAGCCCUUUCCUUGUCAAUGAAGGAAUGCCCAGGGGCAUUUGCUGCUCCUCAGUUUUAGGAGACGAGUGCAUUAGAUGUCACCAGAUGAGACCUCUUUUCCAAUGCCAGCAUCAUUCACGGUUACUGGUCCUGAGUCCAUCACUUUCACAGGACAAGCUACCCCAGGGCUCUAACCUCAGAGGAGCUGGUGCAUGAGUUGCCACAGUGCUUUCUGAAACUACCAUCACAGGCCUUCUAGACCUGAGGAAGAGAGGAAAUGAGGUUUGCAGUCACCCCCAAUUCAGAUGCUUCAGGAAGACAGGUGUAUCCAUGGGGUCUUUGCCACAGCCUGGUGAGGUAGCUUACGUCCAUUUACAGAUGAAACCUGAGGCCCAGAAGAGGCAAAGGUCACACAGCUAGGAAGAGACAAGUCUGGACACUCCUGGAAGCUGAGGUUGGAACACUUGAUAUUCCUCUUCAGCCUCAACUUUGUGGGGGUGUAUUACAGGUACAGUAAGCCUGAGGAAAAAUGGCCAAAUAGGGCCAGGGGGAGGCCCAAAGAACAAAAUGGAUUAAUGGUGAAGGACUGUCCUUCAGACAACUCACUCUUCAGCCUCAAAAGGGCUAGUCUGUGCCUCUUUCAAUCACACAGACAAGUGUGUGGCAUAGCCUCAUACCUUGGCCUCUAUUCUCAAAGAUUAAGUGGUGUUUUGGGAAGUCUCUCCAUGGUUCCCACAUAUACGAGGUUUCACCAGUAGAAACACAUUGGGUGGAUAGCCCUCCUCCAGACUGAAGGGCCCUGUUCAGACCCUAAUAGUCAUUCUUUACUGUAUUGACAGGAAAAAAACCAAAAACUGGGGAGGGACACUGUGAGAGAAGAGACAAAGGGCAGAUGACAAGUCUUAGGCUUCUGCUCUGUCUAGAAAUGCCGUAAAGUGUUUCCUGAGCUCAGCAGACCAGGCUCCUGGUCCUUUGCUUUGGCCCUGCGUUCCAUCAUCUUAGCUUCAACAGUAGAGAUGGGGCCAUCUUGACAACUUCCAUGAUAAGCCCAAGUUCAAAUACUCUGCUACCCUCUGCCAGGGCAUUGCUUCCUUGCUGUCCCCUCUGAAUGUCAGGAAUGCCCACCUCCAGCCUCCUGCCUCUGCGGGCCUCACAAGAACCCAUGGGCUCUAAUCUCAUUUCUCCAGCAAGAAACAGCUGUUGCUCUAGGCUAUGAAGACACUUGCUUAUCAGUUGCAGAUGUCCCACAUCCCCUACGCCAAGAGUGGAUGCCUCUAACCAUCAGCAAACUCUGCAGCUGGCAGACACGUGCUAUAGCCUCACCGUACAGGCUUUAAAAAAAAAAUCUGGAAUUUCAAAGCAGUGAUCAUAGAUUUAGUGUUGAGUCCUGCCUGGGAAAGAUGCAGAGGCCUUCCAGCAUCCCAACAUCAUUCUAAAUCAACAGCCCCAGAGGAGAGGGGACCAGAAAGGAGGUUUGCUUAGAGAUCCUGGUCCUCUUGAGGACUGGAUCAAAAGUGGAACUGAAACUUGAUCUAAUACUGAAACCAGGGAUAUUAGCAGACACUGACACCCUGGUGUGUCCAUUGGUGCUGGCCCAGGUUAGGGCUGUGGGCAAAGGGUACACUGUAAAGGCAGACCUGGGGUUUGCUACUUUGGAUCACCUUAUGGAUAAGCAGGUAAAAACUCUGGCUGAGACUUGUCAUAUUUGCUGCUAAUGUAAGUCUUCUGGCCUGUGUGAAUAUUAGUAGUGCAGCAGAUUUGAACUGCCCACAAAACUCCUGUUGCAGUCAGGGCAUCAGUGGGCUUCCCAUCCAUGUGUAAAUAUUGGUGUUUAAGGAGUCUGAGGCUAUGGUAGAAGCUUUGCUCACAUUCAGGGUUGUUCACCCAGGUGGAUGCCCUGGUAUUCGGGCUCACUAAAGCUAGGACAAUAUUUAGGACCUCUGAAGGGCCAGUGUUCCAUUGUGGAUACGCUAAUACCACAGCUAGUGUGAACUUUUGAAGUUCUUGACACAUUGGCAGCAAUCACAGGGCUUCUCACCAGUGUGGGAACACUAGUACUGGAGUAGGUAGCAGUUGUGCUCAAAGCUGUCCCCACCAAGCACAGAGAUAAGGAGGCUUCUCACAUCUGUGCAAACACAGGUGCUUCAACAGAUUAGGGCUAAGGUUAAACUCUUGCCACAGUUCCCACAGCGGUCAGGCUUCUUGCUGGUGUGCACCAGCUGACAUUUAACCAAGUCAGCCACAGCUGCAGAGCUGUGGCCACAGGCCUCCCCAUACUUGAUGCACUCAUGAGGUUGGAUGAGAUUUGGAGCUAAGGUUGAAGCAAGACCCAUUUUGGGAAGGGUCUUUCACCAGUGUGUACCUGAUGGUGCUUAGCCAGACCUAUGUCAGACUUUGAGCAAUGGUUAAGAAUUGGCCUCACUGCAGUUGCUUUGAUGGUAGAUGAAGUCUGGGAGACAGGCUGUAUAGUUAGCCCACAAUUCCAGCACAUGGAAGACUCUGGGGACUGCAGGAUAGCUGGUCUUGGCUGGGGCCUACAUAGAUGCUGUAAGCUUUGGCAGUACUUCCUGGGAGGCUGGCCGGCCGGUGCUAUACUUAGAAGGCCACACCACUCAGGUGGCACAACUUUACAAUCCAGGGACGAGCUGGAGACUCUUGGAAAUCCUGAUGUCUCUUUUUCUCGCAGCUCUGCCCCUGUCAGGGAUGCUUUCCCAGUUACUUCUGCCACGACUGGAGAGAACCUCGCUUCCUAGAUACCAGCUACUCAAGUUCUCAAGUAUAGACAGGACGAGGGACACACUUGGACCAAGAGGUUAGCACCGGAAACGGAAAGGUCCUCAAACCCCUGCCGUUCUAGAAAGUAGCGGCGACCGUUUUCAGUAGGUUCAACCCUGUCAUUCUGAGAGUUCUUUAUCAGCAGCUGCUGUUAGGGAACUUGCCAGUUUUCAGGCCUAGGCUUCUGGGAGUCUGUCUGUCGGCCUGGACUUCGGGGACCUCCCCAUCAUCCCUUGGGGGAAUAGCCACGCUUGACUGGAAGAGGAAAGGGCUAGAUGGGGGGCGGAACAGGCAAGUCAUCCGAAGCAGCACCGCAGGCCGACGGCCUGGUCGGGCCUUGGGAGGCGUCAGUCCACGUCGAGGCCCUGGGAAGUUUCCCACCCGUCCUAACAAUUUAGGCGUGUUAGGCCGGAUGCUGACUACAUAAUCCCACCUUAGGCUUGCACAACGACUAGAUAAGGACCAUUCAAAGUUCCGGGAUCCAGGGCUGACAGCGGCGGCGCUAUUUAAGAAGAAGCAACCGCUAGAAGCCGCCAGGCCACUCCCCUCCGCUCCAGUUCCGCAUCCUCACAGAGAAGCGGCCGGGGCGCGGGGCGGAGCCGGAGGCCCGAGCCAAGAUGGCGGCGGCGAAACCAACCCUCACCGACUCGCUCUCGUUCUGCCUCGCGCAGCUCACAGCGGCCGCCGGGGAGGGUCCGGGUCGGGCCAAGGACUCCACUACCAACGAGACGCCCCUGGGCCGCGCGCUCUUAGCUCUUCGCACGCGCCACAUCAAGUCAGCCGGGGGAAUCGAGCACUUCCGGGCGCGCGGCGGGCUCCGCCCACUUCUCGCGCUGCUACGGCGAGCGGCGGCCGCGGACCACGCCCCGUCCCCGGCAGAACCCGGCUCCGCCCCCUCGCCGACGGAGGCCGCUGUUGCUGCUGGUCCCGCCCCUUCCUCUGGCCCCGCCCACUCCGCUAUGUCCUCGUCGACGCCUUCGCCGCCAGUGCGCCUGCGCAAGACUCUGGACUUGGCGCUCAGCAUCCUAGCCAACUGCUGCACGGAAGGGGCGUGCCGAGCUGAAGUGCGCAGACUCGGAGGCAUUCUCCCUUUGGUGACCAUUCUUCAGUGCGUGAAGACAGACAGCAUCCAGAAUCGAACUGCUCGUGCACUGGGGAACUUAGCCAUGGAACCCGAGAGCUGUGGGGACAUCCACUCUGCCGGUGCUGUUCCCUUACUCGUUGAGAGUCUGACAGCCUGCCAGGACUCACAAUGCCUGCAGAGUGUGGUGCGUGCCCUCCGCAACCUGGCAGACUCCCCCCAGCACCGCCUGGCCCUGGCACAGCAAGGAGCCAUCCGCCCACUGGCUGAACUCCUGGCUGCUGCUCCGGAUCCUGCCCUGACCUGGGGCCUGGUCCGCGCCCUCUUGGAACUCAGCCGAGGUUGUUCACGGGCCUGUGCCGAGCAGCUCAGCCUGGGUGGAGGACUGGGUCCCCUUGUCAACCUGGCUUCUCAUCCCAAACGGGCAAUACGUGAGGCAGCCAUCUUGAUCCUCGCCAACCUGUGUGCCCAGGGCCUAGUACGGCCUGCUUUGGGCAAUGCCGGUGGGGUGGAGGUGUUACUUGGUGAACUCCGACGGCGCCGGAGCCCUACUGGGGCCAACCCAGCUUCCCAGCAGCCUUUGGUGCGAGCUGUAUGUCUCCUGUGUCGGGAGGCCAUCAACCGGGCCCGGCUGCGGGAUGCUGGAGGUUUAGAGCUGCUGAUGGGUCUGCUGCGGGACCCUCGUGCCAGCGCCUGGCAUCCACGCGUUGUGGCCGCCCUUGUGGGCUUCCUUUACGACACUGGGGCCCUAGGCAGGCUGCAGGCUCUGGGACUUGUACCUCUUUUGGCUGGACAGCUGUGUGGUGAGGGUGGAGAUGAGGAAGAAGAAGGGAGAGAAGCAGCUUCCUGGGACUUUCCUGAGGAACGGACGCCUGAGCGGGCGGAAGCAGGAAGCUUUCUCAGUCUCAGGUCCUGGCUGAUUUCUGAAGGCUACACUUCGGGGCCUGGUGACAUCUCUCCAGACUGGUCUCCAGAGCAUUGUACGCUGCCGGAGGCCCGGGAGCAGACCAGCGCCACCCCUAGCCCAGCCUCCAACUCAACCUGCACGCCCCGCACACUGCGUACACCACGCACAUUGCGCACACCGGGCCGCAGCCCUGUGGCUGCAGCCGAAGAGCCUUGGGGCCGAGAGGGGCCAGCGCUUUUGCUGUUGUCACGCUUCUCCCAGGCUCCAGACCCGAGUGGAGCACUAGUGACCGGGCCAGCGUUAUGUGGCCUGCUGGCCUAUGUGACAGGUGCACCAGGCCCGCCGAGCCCACGUGCAUUGCGCAUCCUGGCCCGCCUCACCUGCAACCCUGCCUGCCUUGAGGCCUUUGUGCGCAGCUAUGGUGCGGCGCUGCUGCGUGCCUGGCUGGUGCUGGGUGUGGCACCAGAUGACUGGCCUUCGCCCCGUUCCCGGACUGUGCGCAGAAGCCAGCACCGAGAACUAGGUGAGAUGCUGCUGCAGAACCUGACCGUACAGGCCGAGUCGCCCUUUGGGGUUGGCGCUCUUACCCACCUGUUACUGUCUGGGAGCCCUGAGGACCGUGUCGCCUGCGCACUGACCCUGCCCUUCAUCUGCCGGAAACCCGCUCUGUGGCGCCGGCUCCUUCUGGACCAGGGUGGCCUCCGUCUCCUACUCAUGGCCCUCACUCGGCCAGCCCCACACCCGCUUUUCCUCUUCUUUGCUGCAGACUCCCUUUCCUGCCUACAAGGCCUGGUGUCUCCCGUGAUGAGCCCAGUCUCUCCCCCUACAGUCGCCGUGGACCAGGACUCACCCUCCCCUUGCCACUAUAAGCCUCUGUUGGGCCCAGCUCCCAACCCGGGGCCUGACCUGCAUUUCCUCCUGGACUCCGGCCUCCGGCUCCCUGCUCAGCGCGCUGCCUCGGCCACCGCCUCCCCUUUCUUCCGGGCCCUGCUAUCUGGCAGUUUUGCUGAAGCCCAGAUGGACCUGGUGCCACUGCGAGGCCUGUCUCCCGGUGCAGCCUGGCCCGUCCUGCAUCAUUUACAUGGAUGUCGGGGCUGUGGGGCUGCCUUGGGGCCCGUGCCCCCACCAGGCCAGCCCCUCUUGGGCUCAGAGGCUGAGGAGGCCCUGGAGGCCGCUGGCCGUUUCUUGCUGCCUGGGCUGGAGGAGGAGCUGGAAGAGGCUGUUGGCCGCAUCCAUCUAGGUCCCCAGAGUGACCCAGAGUCAGUGGGUGAAGUGUUCCGCCUGGGCCGGCCCCGACUGGCAGUCCACUGUGUGCGCUGGACCCUGGGGCCAGGGCAGUGUCCGAGGAAGCGGGCCCUGGCUCUUGUGGGGCUGGUGGAAGCAGUGGGUGAAGAGGCUGGGCCCCUAACGGAGGCUUUUUUGGCCGUGGUGAUGGGGACCGAGUCAGGGAGCAAGGGUCCCACCCUUGAUUGUCAGUGUUCCUCUGAAGAGGGCCCUAGAACAGGCUGGUUAUGAAACCCAUUCAGAAGCUGCACGGAUGUCACCUUCAAGGAAUGAAAAGAGACAGAACUGGAUCCCAGGGUGAUAGUCUGAAGACUUUAAUACUACAAUGUCAAGGCCUCCAGGGUCUGGGCAGGGGGCAGUGGAGAAGAACAGCACAGGGCUCCAGGUACUUGGCCUAACCCAGCUCUAUGGAAUUGAAAUUAAAACCCUUGGAGUUGGCUGUCCCUGGUGUGUGAUGUUUCUGACUUCUUCCCUGUGGGAGUCCUCUCACCUCUCCCCAGCCAGGCAGGGAUUUAUCCAUACAGGGCAGCCUUGGCAUGUGAGUUUAAUAAGUACUUGUCCAUUGGUUCCUGGAGCCCUGGGGUGGGGUGGAGGUCCCAGGCUUCUCCCUUGGGUCCUGGGGGGAAGUCUCCUUCCUACCCACAGCCACUCAGCAGGACACAGCCUUGGUCAGGAAUGAGAGGACUACUGAGUGUUAGGGAUGUGUAGCUGACGCCUUGCUCUUCUGUCCUGUACCCCUCUGGGGCCAUGUUUCUUAAUGCUGUCGGUCUGAGGGAGGACUUGAUACAUUCCUUGGAGGCUCAAAGGGCCUGUCUUAGUCAAAUCCAGAGAGAGCCAUAGCCCUUGCCAGCCUUCAGGUAAAGGAAAGGCUCACAUAGCUUUGAUCUCCAAAGCAGGUCUACCUCACCUGGCCUCCUUGAUCGCUCAGGUAGCAGUCUGACUUUGAGGAAGAGUCCUGGAACUUGCCAGGGUCUAUGUUGGGGAACAAAAGUUGGCACUUGCUGCCACUGUCUUAAAAACUCCUGAUGGACUGGGGGAUAUCCUGGGCUUCAGUAAUUAAAAAAAAAAAA